AGAAAAACAGAAAAUAUUUGUUGUUUUUGUGUUCAUUUGUUUCAAUGAGUUUGCAUUCAAUUGAAUUGUUUUUCAUUUCAUAAUUCACUUCAUUUUGUGCACAAAAUGUCUUCACUAUCAGUGAACGUAUCGGUGGAACCGUUAGAUGAAUAUCAGGUGCAAGAGAUCACAUACGAUGGACAGGAGAAGUAUAUUCAACCGCUUUCGAUGUCCGAGAAUCUGACGAAAAUGGUUCAGAAGAUAGACUUCGCGAAGAUUGACACGGAAGCCAGUGAUGGCACGAAUGGUGUCGAAGCCAUGGAUGAGACCCCAGAAGUGGAGUCGAAAGAGUUGGCGACUUUCCAGCCCUCCCUCUGGCCCUUCGACUCCAUCAGAAAUAAACUCAAACAAGCGUUGACUGAAGUGACAGUUCUUUACGACGUCCUCAGUAUAUGUAAAGACAAACGAUAUCUGGUUUUAGAUCCCGUAUCUCAAGAGCCCAUCGAAAACAAACCGAUCACUGCUUUGGUCGCCAAGAAAAAGGCAUUGGCGACUGUGGCCACCAUUAUAUCCAAUGGUUGCGAUCGCAUGCGUUCGGCACAAACGGAGGCCAAUCGGAACCGAUCGACAGAUUUUCAUUCAGAACUCUUUCAGAUGAGACAGAACUGGAGGUUAAGAAAGAAAGAAAAUUCAAUUCUCGGAGAUCUUAGUUAUCGGAGCGCCGGAUCACGUUUUCCACAUUCGGGUACUUUUGAAGUGACGAAAAACGAAGAGCAGUGCACUUCCGGCACGGGUUCGCGCGCCAGUGCUCUCAAAGUGAAGGUGCCGUCAGAUCUAGAGGGCGGCAGCUUUUUUCAGGUCAAAACACAAAAAGACAACGAAGUGAUAGGUGAUGGCGAGGUAUCGGUGCCCAUACCUCCUGUCUUGCAGUCCAAUGUGGACCUCAAUUGGCAUCAAAAGCUGGAAAACGCUCAAAACGUUUUGUUCAAUAAAGAACUGUUUGCACAGUUAGCUCGAGAAGCAGUUCAGUUGCAACUGCCGAUCCCUACCACUGUAAUCGGCAAUCAGAUAAUCGCAUCGCUUUUCCCUGGCGUCCAGUUGUCUAUAGUUUUGUGUCACACGACUAUUCACGGGAAGAUUAAACACCAAAAGAACUCCUCUCUGGCCAUACCUUCCAAACAGGACUCACCCAAUAAACCAGUUUUAGAGCACUCUCUGCACCAACUGUUACGUGAGUUGCAUCACAACACACUUCACCACCCGAUGCCACACCCGACCACUGCUACACUCGGGGUCAGCCGUAAGCGCUAUUUAGCCGGUCCUGAGGCCUACGACCGACAGACGAUCGCAGAACUCAACAAAAGUGAUACUAUUUUAGAGCAAAUCAUAGCUCAGACUCAACACGACUUACUACGGCUGCGGACAAUGUUUAUGAUCGACACUCUGGCCUCAGAAAUCAAAGAUCCCAUUAUUGUCGCCCAUUGGCUGUGUCUCAACAGCGCCACUAAAAGUAGUGUCAAAAUUAAUAUCGUUUCGUACGGCUAUGAAUCCCUGUGCAGAACACCUCUUGUUAUCCAUAUCUCCACCAAAUCAUUGAAAGCCAUUCUUAGAGAUGGAAGAGUUAUAAACAUGUCAUACGAAUCACAAGAAUUGCGUUAUUUGUUACUCAAUCAGGUAUCACAACAUCAAGUGUUUGCCAUUCAAGCGCUUUCCAAACCGAUGGGAUGGAAAGUACUAUCACUUAAUAUCAAUGUAGGCGUCGGUCACGUGGAGCCCAUCGGCACCGCCUCAUCCAUUGUGUUGGUCUCACCGAAUGGCGAUCGAAUAAUAGCCAUCAGAUGUGGACCUCAUUCAGGAAUUGAGGUGAAGAUGUGUUCAUCGCCUCAGGAGUUCUACGCGAGUGCUUUGGUUCGCGACCGCAAGUGGCAGAACCUGACCGGCAGUUACCGAGAGGUCGAUUGGGAGCGCAUUGAGGGCAAGAAUUUCAUCAAUAAAAUUGAAUACCUGAUGGCCAGUCUCACCAACUAUUGAUUUGCUUUAUUAACCAUAUUUCUCAUGAAUUUGACAUUGAUUUUCAUUAUUUAUUGUAAAUUUUUAUUUAUUUAUAUGAAACUAUUUUUAUAAUUUUUUGGAAUUCUCUACAUUCUGUAUACAGUACUAUGAGCUAAAACCAAUGGAAGC